GUUUUCGUGCAGCACAAGCAAGUGAUGUCAUGUAGCAACGGCGCGUAAACACGUCUUUCCUUCCGGCAGUAAUUCAGUUUCAAGUUUGGAUAAGAAUUUGAAAAGAUGGGGAAAAAAGUAAAGAAGGAUGAGAAACCACAACCAGAUGACGUGUUUGAUGCCCUGUUAGUGGAGAGCAGGAAUGCAGCUACUGUUGUCCUCAUGCUUAGCAGCCCAGAAGAAGAUGUGCAGUCCAAAGCAUGUGAAGCUAUUUACAAAUUUGUUGACAAAUGUGAAGAGAACAAGAAAAUUUUACUGGAUCUGAAAGCUGUGGAUCCAUUACUGAAACUGAUGCAAGGAGAAGACGAAACUGUUCGCCGCUAUGCAACAAUGGGCUUAAGUGUCAUGUGUCAGAAUUCGGAAGUCCGCAAAUUUAUGAGAAAACGAGAUGAUUUCAUCCCAACUCUGAUCAAUUUGCUUCAUCCUGAUAUUGCUGACAAUGUACUGUAUGAAUUUGCUACUCUGGGACUUUCCUUCAUGGCCACCGAAUAUUCAAGCAAAGUUAAAAUAUUUGAAUGUGGCGGUGUUGAACCACUUGUCAGACUUCUAUCCGCCAGUGACCCUGAUGUCCAGAAGAACAGUAUUGAGGCACUGGCCCAGAUGGCUUUGGACUUUCAGGCCAGAUGCUCAAUAAGGGAAAAUGAUGGCCUUCCAUCAAUUCUGGAACUACUAAAGUCAGACUACGCCGUAAUACAAAAACUAGCACUGCUGGCUCUUGAACGCCUAAUGCAAGAAGUGGGUAAUAGAAACUGUAUGCGAGAGCUGGAUGGAGUUUCUAGACUGCUGGAAAUCUUGGCCCGUCAAGAUUUAUUUGACCUCCAUGUAAUGGUAGUCAUGGUACUAGCCAACCUAUUGGAGGAUCUUGAAACACUGGAGCAAAUGAAGGAAAAGGGAGGUUUGAAGAAGCUUGUGAUGAUAAUCACUGAUCAGCCUGCACCAGAAGAUGAUAGUAAGAAGCUAGCAAAAAAAGAGAGCGGAUCUAGAGCUGGCAAGAAAAGUGCAAAAGAUGCCAAGAGUAAAAAAGGUGCAGAUGAAGAAAAAGAUGAUGCUGUAUCUGGUAUGGACUCCAUUACCCCUACUUUGCCAGAUGUAAAGAUGUGUGCAGCAAAGGCUAUUGCCAGAUGUGCCAAAAAUAGUCAAAAUCGUAGAAUCUUGCAUGAACAGGAAGUUGAGAAAAUGUUAAUCAUCUUGCUGGGUCAUGAAUCAGUUGAUGUUCAGAUGGCUGCAGCUCAUGCCAUUGGCAUCAUUUGUGAAACCCUCAGCUUCAGAGACUCCAUCAAGGAAUGGGGUGGCCUUCCACCCCUACUCAAACUUCUCAGCAUUGAUCAUGGAGAUCUGAAGGAGGCUGUGACACUGACCAUUGCCAAUUUGACAUCAUCUAACCUCCCAAAUUGCCAGGAUAUAGUCAACCUUGGUGGACUAGAUCUACUCAUUGCAGCACUUGGUGAUUUAAGGGAAGAAGUAAUUGCUAAUGUAGCCUGUGUCCUGACAAACAUAGCUCAAGAUGAGACUCUGAGAAUGGAGGCAAUAAGUAAAGGUGUUGUCACAGCACUUGUUGAUCCACUGCGGUCCAGUAAUACCAAUGUACAAAGCAAGGCUGCUUUGGCAGUGUCUGCUUUCACAUGUGAUGCUGAUGCAAGAGCAGAGUUUCGUGAAAGUGGAGGCCUGGAGCCAUUGGUCAUGCUGCUACAGUCUGGGAAUGAUGAAGUGCGACGAAAUACAGCCUGGGCCAUUACUGUGUGUGGAGUUGAUGAACCAACAGCAUCAGAAAUUUGCAGGCUUGGAGGCCUGGACAUUUUGCAACAGAUUCAGCUGUCUAGCACAAGACAGAGUUCCUUCAUUGACGCUGCUUUAGAGCGGCUGUUAGACAGCAAUACAUCAGCAAAAUAUGCCCUCACAGGUUACCUUAGUACAAUGAAUCUUGUAGAGGAUGGAUUCUAUGAUCCUGGUCAACUUCGACCUGGAACACAGUUCCAGACACUGGAAGACUAUCUCAAAGAGCCAGUGAAUGACAAACGUCCCAUCUUCUUCAUUAAUGGCAAAUUGCAGGUUACGAAAGAGUCAGAGAAAACAGAAGAAAGUGAUUUCAAGGUUGAAGCAAGUAAAAGCUCUACAGGAAAAAUUUCAAAAGUUUCUGGCAAAGAUUCUAAAACUAAAUCUAAAGCCCAGAGAGAGAAGGAAGAGAAGCAGAGAGAAGAAGAGCUAGCAGCUCAGGCCCAGAAAGAAGCAGAGGCUAUAGCUGGAAAAGACAAGAACACACUAGAGCCACCAUCAGAUCCCAGUUUUGUCAGAUACCUUGAAGAAGUUCAUGAGAAAGUACUCCCUCUGAGCACCACAGUAGAACAGAUAACUGUUCUUGCACGGUAUGUAGCAGAAAAGAUGGGUGGACCAAUAGAGCGAGGCCAGCUGCCUCAUUUCAGCUGGGAGCUUCCAAUGAGUCAAAUCAGAUUUGAGAUAAAAUCAAACGUGAUUCCUAUUGGGAAAAUCAAGAUGGGAAUUCAUACCCAUCGAGCAUUGUUAUUUAAGGCUCUUGCUGAUCGCACCUCAGUUGCCUGCACACUCACCAGAGGCAACUACAACCGCGUAUGGAAUGAAGUGCUUGUGGGAGAAACUGAUCAAGCACCAGGAGCACCUAAACUGCCCCCUUCUCGAUACAUCGUAGACCUCAUCCAUGAACCUGGAAAGCUGCUACCAAUCUACUCUCACGAAGCAGUUGCCUAUCAGAAAGUUUAGAUAGUGUCAGUUGGGAAGUAGACUGGUUUUGCCCUGUGUGUAAGAAGAGUCAUGCUGAGAAAGACGCUUUAAUGGCUGUAAUUCUCACAUGUCUUUUCCUAAAUGUGUGUGUGCAUGCACAUGAAUCAGUGCAUAGAUGUGCAUUGGACAUUUAUGUGUGUGAAUGUAUUUGGGGGAUGCUUGCAUCAAGACUGAAAGGACAUACAUUAUCCAAAAAGUGGUGUGAAUUUUAUGAAUAUAUCUUGCCUCACUUAGAAAUCCUCUCAAUCAUUAUUUGCUGUGCAAAAAUCAUUUUCUUUUUUAUUGUUUUCUUUGUUUUUGUUACAGUUACCAGUUCCCUUGGAGUGCUUCUCAUAAAACUUGUUUAACAUUUUUGCAAUUCUAAUAUGAUUCUACUCAAAAAUUGUAAUAAUAAUAAUACAGGAUGUAAUGCUUAAAAUUUAUUUUCUGCUCUUGUUACAUAUUAAAACGUUUUUUAUAAUUUUUAAUACGUUUUGCUUUUUUUGUCUCGAACAAUGAAUUUUAUUUGAUAUAAAAAUGUUAUUUGUUCUGUGAUAGAUGUGAUAAUAAUAAUUAUACAUCACAGUAUGUGCUGCAGAAUGAGUUUGAACGUGUCAUAAAUCAUAAAUCGGACAACUGUUUUAAUUCAUUCCUAGGAGAAACGGGAGGAAAAAUCUAAGGAAAUUGACGCACAGCGGGUCCCAAGGAUUAGGUUUAUUUGAUAAUAAAG